AUGACCUAUUUCCUGUUCUACUCCCUUAUACUCUCCGUCAUCAUCGCGGGAACAGCGCUCUAUCUCACCCGAUCACGAUGGAUCAAUCUACUGCCAGUCCCUCAUUACAUCUACCAUCGCCUUCCCUCCAGCUUUACCGCCGACUUGGAAGCCGGCUUGAGUUCCUCGCAAUUCGACAUUACGGCUAAUGUUGCAGAUGGGGAUACCCGAGCUGGAUUGGAUCAAACAGCCAAGCGGGAGAUUCAAAAAAUCAUGAAGCUUCGAAAGGUCAACUUUGAUGAGGCCCGUCGCAUCUACACGGAACAGCGAUUCGCAAAGAACAAUAUUGGCCCCGAUGGUCGACCCCGAGACCCCAAAUUUGUCUCGUUCUCAUGA